GCCAUAUUCAAAACAAGCGCCUGUCAAAACAUGUUUACGACAUAAAUUAUUUUUUCAUAUACUACCUUAAAUUCUGCUGUUUUUGACAGAUAUAUGUUUUAAAGCAAUACUUAAUACCGGACUGACAAACAAUGUCAAACACAGCCACAGCCCAAGCCCAGCAGAAGUUCUCUAACCUUCGAAAACGUCUGGACCAACUGGGCUACAAACAACCCCUGGGUAUAGAAUCUCUACCUCUUGUCGAGAAACUGUUUGCUGAUCUUGUGCACACAACAGAAAGUCUCAAAAAUGCCAAGUUAAAUCUCGGCAAGCAGACAACUGAACAUGUGGAUGUGGAUUCUGUUGUAGAGGCUUACAAGAGUGAUAAUGCCAAACUUGUGAAGGAGAAUAAUGACUUACACAAACAGUUGAUUAAACAGAAAGAAGAAUCAGAUGCAAUACUUAGAGAGCUGAAGGCGUCCCUUCGGAAGCUUGAACACGAGAAUGCGGACCUCAAGUUCCUCAACAAUCAGUAUGUACACAAGGUGCGAGGGUUGGAGCGCGAGAGCAAGGAGAAGUCGGACCGUAUACUCAACCUGCAGGAGAAAAACUUCCAUGCUGUCGUUUCAACACCAGGAGGAAAGAAAAAGACAAUACCAUUCCGUCGCCAACGUAUGGAGAUUGAUUGCACCGUUCCACCUGCUGAUGACUACCAUCGAACCAAACCCAGUUUAGCUGAUGACCCGUACGUGGCUGAUCUCCUCCAGGUUGCCGAUGGGCGCAUAGCGGAGCUUGAUCAACAGGUUUCGGAUCUGUCAGACCGAUGUGAGAUUUCUGACCGCAAGUUGGCUAGCUUCCGACAACAGGUUGAAGGUCGUGAUGAGGAGAUAGAACGACUAAACAGAAUGUUGGACGGCGGACGACCCUCGGAUGUUGUGGCCCUGGAGGCCCGGAACAGGGCCAACGAGAGAAUGAUCUCACACCUCAAUAUACAGAUUGACUUCUUGCAACAGAAGAACCGCGAGAUGGAGCGAAAGUUCCGUGACGCAGUUACCGACAGAAGUGAAAUUGAGACCGACCUUAGCAAGGCUCAAGCCCGCAUUAGUGACCUUGAACUCGAUCUACAGAACGUAGACAGACAUGCUAAACGGAUUGAGACAGAUAGAAAUAUUGUCUUGAAAACAGCAGACAAGGAAAUGAUCGAAGCGAAGGAUGAGUUGGAAAAAUCCCGACAUGAGCUGGAAGACCUGGAUCUUACAAUCGCACAACUCAGGGCUGAAAAUGAGCGGUUUUCAAAGGACUUAGCAGAGGCUCGCUCCUCGCUGACAACGAAGUCUGGAGACUUGAUGAGACUGGAAGAACUUCACGAUCGUGUGGCCGAGGACAAGAAACGACUCAGUCACAGGGUCAACAAACUCAUGGCAAAUGAGAAAGAACUGGUCCUGGAAAUUGAGCGACUGAAGAGGAAGAACGUCCCAUCUGGUACUUCAAAGAAGGGCAAGAUCCCGAGCAAGCUCGACGCCUUUGUCCGCAGCGUAGAAGAGGAGCGCAACUACUACCGCGACCAGGCUGAGGCAUUCCAGAAGAUGCUACGCGGGGAGAUUCCAUCUCGACUCCCGAGAUCUCGUACCCCAUCUAGACCUUCAUCGCGGUCUGCAAGUCCAGCACGCGAGAUGAAUGCCUCCGCUAAGGCUGACAAAAAGGCUGCUGCCCAGUAUGAGGCCAUCAUGCGAGUUAUGGAGGAAGAGAGAGAUUAUUACCGCACUGAAUAUGAGGCCCUGAAAAUUGCCAAACGUGCUUCAUCUGCCCGUGCUACGCCAACAAAGCAACUGUUCAGCCCUUUUGAGUGGUAUUACCCAGGUCUGUCGGAGGAGGCAGAGAUUGUGAAGCUGACCAAGGAGAGGGAUGAAAUGAGACAGCUCCUAGACAAGUUUGAACGUCACAUGGCAGAGAUCCAGGCCAAUGUGAAGGUUCUUACUGGAGAGAGAGACAAACUGAACCAGAUGUAUGAGGAGGCCAAGGAUGAGCUUCACAAAGUUCGACGAGAGCUGGUUCGCUCACCCAAGUCUCCGAAAACAUCUCUGGCAGCUCAGGCAGUUCUGAGACGUGUGGAGAACGAGCGGGAUGAUGCUGUGUCGGAACUUCGCAGGAUGACCACUGAAAGGGACAGCCUCAGGGAGAGACUUAAGAUUGCCACAGAGGUAUCCCUAUCUGAAAAAGCCAAGCUAGAACAGCGUGGGGAAGACCUGGAAUCCGCCCUCCAGCAGGCCGAGAGUGAACGGGGUGAGCUGAUUAUGCGCGUCACCACCCUCAAGGAGGAUGUUCGCAGUCUGGAAGCUCAGAUUAAGGACAUGGCCGGUAGAUUGUCCGAGGCCCAGGAUGAUUCAUCGACCAACAAGUCUAAGGCCACUCAGAUGAAGAUGUUGGCUGAGGAGACAGAUCGUGGCCUAGAGGAGACCCAAAAGCGUCUUGCCCGUCGCGAGAGUGAACUUAAUGCCCAGGAGGAACGAUGUGCCCGACUGGAAGAGAGAAUUGGGGAACUCCAGCGUGUUAUUGCUCGCUCGGGAGAUGAGAAUUCUGGGCUUCGCGGAACCAUUAGCCAGCUGGAUCGAGAGAAGGAUAACCUCCAGAUAAGCGUGGAUGAAAAGACCGAGAAGGUCGCGAACCUGAAUGAGGAGGUCUUGCUUAAGGAGAAACUCAUCAGUGACUUGAAGGUUCGCAUCAGUGAGUUGGACGCCCAGCUUGGCCAUGCCAAUGACAACAUCAACAUGAAGGAUCGUGAGCUGAAGUCGCUACGUCGCCAGCUGGACAGCACAUCUGAUGAUCUCAAUGAAAACUCUCGUGGGAAGGAGAUUGCUCUGCGAGAAAACAGGAGACUUCAAGAUGACCUGUCAGUUAUGACUCGUGAGAACCAGAAACUGAACCAGGAACUCCAAGAGGCCUUGGAGGACAAGGAAGGUCUCAAACAGCAGGUUCAGGAAUACAUCCUUGAAGUGAGACGGUUUGAGGAUACUCUCGCUAGCAAGGAGAAGGAGCGCUCAGACCUCCUAGACCAAUACCGAGCCCUGUCCUCGGAGGCAGAACAAUACCAGACUGCAACCCACCAGCUGGAGAGUGAUGGAUCUAACAUGAGACUUGAGAUCAUGACCAAGGACUCUGAGCUCCGCAGACUGAGAGACAAGGUCGAUAACCAGGAGCGAGAGAUUCAGGAGCAUCUGAAUGCCGAGCAGGCCUACGAGCUCCAAGUAUCGAACCUGACUCGCUGUUUAGCAAACCUGGAAGAUAACCUGCGCCAGACAGAUGAUGAUAAGAACACACUUCUCUCCGAUUUGACUGCCGUACGGGAACUGUGCUCACGUCUGGAGGGAACUAAGGAAUCUCUACAGAGGCAGCUCACUGCUCUCACCAUUGAUAAGGAAUCGCUGCAAGGCCAGUUCGAUGAUAUCGCCCAAGAAGCGGAGCUGUACAAGAGCCAGCUGUCAUCGGAGCGCCACACAAACAAGAACCUGGAAUCUCUGCUACAGAAUAACAGGGAGAAGGAGUUCACUUCACAACUGCAGAACCAGGAGCAUGGAGCUGAGAUACAGAUGCUCAAGGAUAGACUCUCACUCAAUGAGAGCAAGAUUCAGAGUCAGAGCCGUGAGAUCGCGUCCCUGCGCACCAGAAAUGUGGAACUGGAGGGAGAUGUGGAGCGACUUAGGAGACAACUCACCAGCGAGAAGUUUGAAAGGGAAAGAGAGCGAUUCAAUAACCUGUAUAACAAUUAUGACAGCUAUAAGAGCUGUGAUUAUGUGACACAAAGAGAGAGCGGUUCAGGAGCUGAGACGUCAUGGUCUGGUGCCCCCACUACCGACACUGGAUUACUCGAGCAGCACUCGCUACAGGUCCACAAGUCCCGCAAGGUCAAGGUCACGCAGUCCUACCAGAUGGCGAACAUUGGAACUGAGCAGGUACAGGAGCCGUAGCCCGGACACUUCCUACCUGAGUUCUUCCCGUCGCCGCUCACCAGAACGUAGCGGCCUUUCACUUGAAGAUGACACCACUGCCAAAUCUUACAACUCAGAUCUGCUUUGAUAGGACAGCAACUUAACUACUUCAGCCAGCGAUAUUGCUUAGCCAACCAUUGUCAUGUAUCAACUUUGAUUAUUAAAAAUGUAUAAAUUUUAUGUAUAUUCAAUACCAAGAACUGAAAGCUUGUAUUUACGAUGUUUAUAAUAAGAAAAAUGGUUAUUUUGGAUUGAUUUCUUUUUAUUCCUACAUUGCAACUUGUAGCAUUUCUUUCGAGUUACAUGUUAUUACGUAACAAAAUCUUUCAUAACAUUAAAAGUAAUAAUUAGCAUGUGUGUUACAAAUAACAUCGAAUCACAUCAAUUUUCUAACGCUUAUAUAUUUGACAUAUAAGUUGUCAUUUUCAUCAAACUGGAAAAACUUUUUGCAGUUUUCCUUAUGUGCGAGCCCUUCGUAUCAAAAAAGCAUUAUUUGAAUUGUUAGCACAUGUUGUGGAUGUGGUUGGUUAUUUUCUUGUUUUGCAUGUUUGUUAAGAUUCUGCCAUGAAUUUUCUUCUUUUCUUUGACAAACUUAUAUAAUGUAUGUUAUGUUACAACAGAAUUGUGCUGGUUGUAUUUAUUUUUUUUCGUUCUUGUCUGUGAUAACGUAUAAAGUUGCUAACGAAAUAUCUAGUUUUACCAAUGGAGCUAGUAUGAAAAUGAGUAUUAUAUAUGUCCACCAUCUCUGUUUUUAAUUUGUUUCCUGCAGGGAUCACAAAGACUGCCACCUUUUAUGAAACCUGAAACUGUUUCCAUAUAUGAUAUAA